CUUGUCCAUGACGCUGUUCUUCUUUCUCCACCCUCUCGUCCUUGACGAUGUUCGGCUGCUGCGUCGCUGGCCGUCUCCUUCAGACGAACUUACAACAAGUCGAUGAAACGCGUGCCUAUUUCGAGUUGCCCGCCGCCAGCUCAAUCAACCACAUCUGCGUGUUUCUGCUCGGGACCAUCCCAUUUCCAGAAGGUUAUGGGUGUACGGUCCACUUUUUCUGGCCGGGGAAGGGAUUUCAGGUCCUCGGGAUGCUGUCAAACGAGAAACCAUCCGCCAUCUUCCGACUCCGCGGCACCUUCACCGCCCAGUCCGCCAGCUCAAGCCACUCCGCCUUCUCAGAUGCAGCAGGCGGAGCGCCCGACGCCGCCGCCCAAGUCACGGCGAUCCUCGGCCUGGCAAUCGAACCCCUCGCCGACAUCGCGGCGCAGAUGUCUUCUAUGAGUGGUGCAGUUGCCCGGCCGGAGCCGACGCGGGAUCCGACGGUCUUGGCGGAGCGCAUCGUGAAGCACCUCUUCAACUACGUGUCCGGGUUCACAGGCGGGAACGCGGUCUCACCUGAUGUGCCGGUGCCGAUGGGGCUCAUCGUCAAGUGGUAUGAGAGCUUCAUGGCGAAGGUGAAGAAUGGCGGGAUCGGUUUCUUAGAUCGGACGGAGUGAGGGCUCGGAGUUCUCCAUCAAUCUGUGUUGUAUCUGUAUCGUUCGCUGUAUCAGAACAUAGUUCUCAUCCAACAUCCACUCGUAACGUGCGAGUGCCACCAUCUUUCCUCAGAUCGAUCUCGAAACGCAUGCGAUCUGCCCUUGCGAAACACGAGUUGGAACACGGAUUAUCGAUUGCGUGUCGGAGCGGCUAGGUUUCUCUACUUUUCGCCCUGCACUUGCGACUGCACAAUGGUAGCGUCUAGCCCACUGAGACCAAGUUGACGAAAAAAGAUGCCCAGUGGGAUCGACGUGCCGACAACAGAAUGAUUGAAGGAUCGUAAAUAGCCGCAACCCACCACUUCCAAGCGCUCACAGUUGCAAUGACGCACCCUAAUCUGAUCGGUGCGCGUAAGCAAGUUUUGUCAGGAGAAUUUGAUUGUCCAAGUAUAGUCGGUCAAUAUAUCCGAAAUGCCGUAAGACCCCACUGCGUCAUCUCUUCUUCAAGUAUCUCUGUCACCACAUUCGACAGAAUCGACACCAACCCACCACCCUACACAGUAGUCUCUUCGCUACCACCAUGUUUUCGAUAGCUCGCACUGCCCUCCGGCCCACUCUGACGGUCGCACGCGCGUCGCGUCUUGCUGCCUCCAUCCACACCCUUCCCGACCUCCCCUACGCGUACAAUGUGUGUAUCAUCGUCACCUUCCGGUCUUCCCCGAGCGUAUCUGAGUGCGCCACGGUGUAGGCCCUGGAGCCGUAUAUCUCCGAAGAGAUUAUGACGCUGCACCACAAGAAGCACCACCAGACGUAUGUCAACGGCCUGAACGCGGCGGAGGAGUCGUACGCAAAGUCCUCCUCGACCAAGGAGCAAAUUGCGCUCCAGGCUGCGCUUAAGUUCAACGGAGGAGGUGCGCUUUAUUCCCACACUUUUUUUCUUAACACGUGCCGAGGUGCGGCUGUCUAGGACAUAUCAACCACUCUUUGUUCUGGAAGAACCUGGCACCUGCCUCUGAGAGCAAGCUCGAGGAUGGCGCGCUUAAGGCUGCACUCGAACGCGACUUCGGGUCCGUGGAUGCUUUCAAGAAGGAGUUCAACACCAAGACGGCUGCCAUCCAGGGCAGUGGGUGGGGCUGGCUCGUGCGUGGAUCCGGACGAGAGGGAUGGACGCGCAGUGACUAACGACUGGCCAGGGAUAUAACCCGGCCUCUAAGAAGCUGGAGAUUGUGACGACUUCCAACCAGGACCCUUUGAUUACCCACACUCCCAUCAUCGGUGUCGACAUCUGGGAGCACGCGUUCUACCUCCAG